UCUAUAUGUCCGAGAAAAAAUCGUUAGUCGGCUUCAGUUAUUCGAUGGUUAGCGGUUGUCGCUCUUACCGAUCAGGAUGACUACCGGGGAAUGGAUAAAUUCCGAGCAGCUGCAAUCAAUUGACGAUCCCGAAGAGGAUCACCUCCAAAAGAAAAAGCCGAGAAAUGGUUGGACGAUUGGUGGCGAUUGUCCCAUUCUACGAAAGUACUUGGAAAAUAAAGAUAGUAUAGGCUGGAUGGUCUUAAAAUUUUUCGUUGCCUUUACCCGAGGAUUUUCUCAGGUUACUUUUGCUAACAAUCCAAUAACUGGAAUUAUCUUAAUGAUUGGUGUUGCAUCGAUUGUGCCAGGAACCUUUGUUGCCUGUUCAAUAACUGGUUUUCUUGGCCAAUUAAUAUCAAUGUUAUUGAAAGAACCAAAAGAAAACAUAGAUAAUGGAUUGACUGUCUUUAAUCCAUUAAUUUUUGGCGCAGUAUCGUAUUAUUUUGUACCUAUCAUAUAUGGAAAAUUUGAUGGGUUCAGUAUGUUAAUGAUACUAUUAGGAGUUAUAUUUAUUGCGUAUUUUUGGAGAGCAUGUGAAAAUAGUUGUGUUCCAUGUUUAACUAUGCCAUUCAAUUUAGCUGAGCUUAUAUUACUCUUUACAUUGAAAAAUGCAAACAGUCAGCUAGAUAUAUCAACAUCUGAAAUAUUAACAUGGCCAUUAUUAAGUAUGAACAAUGUGACGGCACCGGUAACGACGAUAGCAGCUACUACGGAUGCAAGCAAGCGCUUUGUCGAGAAUGCGACAAUUGUCGUCCACGACCUCGACUGGGGAAUGAUAGUACGUGCAUCAGUGACUUCAGCAUCGCAGUUGUUUGCAACUGACAGCGUACCUUUGGGCGCUAUUCUAUAUUUAAGUGUUUUAAUAUAUUCACCAAUUACGUGUCUUUUUGGAUAUAUGGGCUCAUUAAUUGGCUCACUCGUUGGUUUUCAGAUUGGUGCGACUUAUGAGAGUGUGUAUUGUGGUUUGUGGGGGUUUAAUGGCUACUUGAUAGGAACAAGUUUAGGAGGCAGUUUUCUAGUGCUGAAUGGCCAAGUUGCCAUUGCUACAUUUGUUGCUGUUGUUCUCUCGGCCUUUCUACAACACGUAUUGCAGAUAAUUUUUUUACCGAUAGGCCUUCCUGUUGGCACAAUACCUUACGUACUGACAACUUGGUUAUUUAUUGGACUUGGUAAAUCUUCUAACGGAACGUUUUCUUAUCCUAUUACAAUAUCAUUUCCCGAAGCGCAACGCCACGAACUUUUAUUACGUCAUCGGAUUGCACAAUUGAAAAAGAAUAAAAAAGAAUGCGAUCCAGAGCUUCAUAUUCUUAAUGGAAAAGAGCCUCCAACGUAACUAACUUAUUAAGCGUAUGUCCUACUAGAUAAAUGAAAUGAAUUUCCUUUUCACUGAACAGAUUAGUCCUUGAAUGCAUAUAUAGUAAAAAUAUUUUAUCUCAAGAAAAUAUAUUAUAAUACCAAGUAUGAAUGUUCAAGCCCUCGGUACACUCCUGUGAUUAGUUAUGGAUUUAAUGUAAAUAUGAAGAUUUCACAUUAGUACUGAACU